AUGGAGUCGACAGCUACAAUGGCACCACCAGCGUCUUCUAUGGCCUGGGGCUGGGAUGGUGCCGUCGACAAAGCAUCCUUCGCCGGCAACGACGCCGAGCAGGUGUCUCACCAGAAUAUCAUGCUCUCCGUCUUUCGAUAUUGGCAACGUCUCAUGACGUCCAAAAACGACCGCGAACCGGCCACAAACGGCACUCGACCUCUUACACGGCAUUCUAUAGCCGCCGGGACGCAGUCGGCUCUCCAGAAAUUGUGUGCGACCUCCCUCGACGAGCUUCCCGAGGCCGUCUUGGCGUUCACCGAAACCGUCGACGUCACCUCGACGCCGGAGAAGGGCGAUGAGGUUUACUUUCCAACCCCUCUCAGGGAGCAGGAAGCCACCGCGGCCAUCAAGGCACUCGAGUCCUGUGCCGCAGCCGCCAUUGCCAAGGUUCGAUAUGGCACGGAGAGCAAGAAGAUCCAAGUGGACGCCGACAAGGUCUCCGCCUUCUUGAUGUCGGCCUAUCUCACCACAUUGGAUGGCAUGAACAAGCCAGACCCCCGUAUCAAGGACAGGAUUCCUGACACGGACUUAAACCGGGCUCAAUCCGUCCUCUACCGCCGAAUGUCGGCCAACCUAUACAGCACCAAGAACCCCGGCGAGUACUUCCACAUUCACGGCUCCCUCGACGCCGAUGUAACCCUCCAAAUGCUCGGCCUGCCCAAGGAAAAUCCGGAAAUGACCGACUACCACACCAUCAUCGACUACAUUGAGUCUGCGGUCAAGAAGCACUCCGCUGCGGAGCUCGACGCCCUCAACGUUGCCCACCGGCAAGCCGGAAUCCAGGCCCUCACAUGGCCCCAAUUCCAAGCCACCCCGCACGGCAAAGCCAUGUUGGACCUCCCGCCGCUUACCAUCCGCCCCAACCCCUCCGACGACCGCACCACCCCGCCCGCUCCCUUCCCCCCACCCCCCACCCCAUCAUCGGGCCCGCAAUACGCCCUCGCCGGAAUCAAGGUCCUCGAGCUCUGCCGCAUCAUCGCCGGCCCGACAAUCGGCCGCUCGCUCGCGGCCCACGGCGCCCAAGUCAUCAAAGUCACCUCCCCCCACCUUCCCGACGUGCCCUUCUUCCAGCUCGACGUCAACACGGGCAAGCACGCCGUGCACCUGGACCUGCGCCGCUCGUGCCCACAUGACCGCGCCGCCUUCGCCGCCCUCCUCGCCGACGCCGACGUGCUCAUCGACGGCUACCGGCCCGGCGCGCUCGCCCGGCUGGGCUACGGCCCCGCCUUCCUGGGCGAGCUCGCCCGCCAGCGGGGCAAGGGCUUCGUGUACGUGGCCGAGGACUGCUUCGGCGGGUCCGACCUGCCCCCCUCCGCCAGCGCCGAGUGGGCGUCCCGCCCCGGGUGGCAGCAGAUCGCCGACUGCGUCACGGGCGUCGCCUGGGCCCAGGGCCGCUUCAUGGGGCUGGACGAGCCCGUCGUGCCUCCCUUCCCCAUGUCGGACUACGGCACGGGCGCGCUCGGCUCGGCGGCCGCGCUGGCGGGGUUGUAUCGCCGCGCUACCGAGGGCGGGUCGUGGGUCUGCCGCACGAGUCUGGUGCAGUACGACGUGUUUCUGAUGGGGCUCGGCCUGCUCCCCGAGCCGGAGCAGGCGCGUCUGCGCCGGGUGCACGACAACAGCGCGGGCUUCUUUGGGCUGCGGCAUAGCGACUCGGUCGACGAAGUCGGGCGGCGCGCGCUGGCGAGCAUGCGCAUGGUGGUGCCGCGCCUGUUUGCCGGGGAGGGGGGAGAGGGAGAGGGAGACGGCGGGGGCCUGAUGCAGGAGGCGUGGAGCGAGGCGUUCCGCGGGGUCGUGCGGUGGCCGAGGGAGGCGGUUGAGAUCGAGGGCCUGCGGGUCGGGCAUGUGCGGACGGCGAGGCCGAAUGGAUGGGAUAAGGAGACGGGUUGGGAGGGGUGGCGCGAGGAGAUUGGCGAGGGGGUGGUUGCCGGCGGCGUGCAGAAGCUGUCGCUGUGA